CAGGGAGGCAAAAAUCGUCGCCGAGGAAAGAAUGAAAAUGACGAUGACAAGCGUGAACUUGUAUUCCGAGAGGAUGGGCAGGAAUACGCCCAAGUGACAAAGAUGCUGGGGAAUGGACGGCUGGAAGCCCAGUGCUUUGAUGGCGAGAAGCGGCUAGCACAUAUCCGAGGAAAGAUGAGGAAAAAGGUAUGGAUUAACCAAGGAGAUAUUGUCCUCCUUUCGCUCCGGGACUUCCAAGAUGACAAAGCCGAUGUGAUUGUCAAGUAUACCGCUGACGAGGCAAGAAAUCUCAAAGCGUACGGUGAGUUGCCGGAGAACGCAAAAAUCAACGAAACGGAUACGUUUGGUGAGGAAGAUGGCGAAUGUACAUUUGAGUUUGGAGAUGAGGGCGAGGUCGACAUUGACGAUAUCUAA